CACGUGAGUUGGCCGGCCCGGGCCCGGGCCCGCUGCUCAGGCGGCCGCCCGCGCACCCAGCCAGAGGCCUCCGCCUGCUCUGACCUGUGAGUCCGGCCGUGCGUGCUUCCAGCCUCCCGGCAAGAGGGUUGGCUACUGCCUGCCACCUCCCGGCAAGGCCCAGCUCGCGCCCACGUUCAUCUGCAAGUGAGCAGCGGGACUGCGAAAGGUUCUCGCGAGGCGGAGAGCGAGGGCGUACCGUGUGAGACGCCUGCCAGUGCGCCUCACCUGGAAUCGGCAGGUUCUAGCCAAACCGCGAAGACCAGAUGUCUGGUUGGAAAGAGCUGCUGGUUGACGGCAAGGUCAAGUUCAAGGUUCCGGCACACCUCGAGCUGAUCAAAAAGGUCGGGUCCGGAGCUUACGGCACGGUGUGUUCCUUCAAGGACAGCCGCACUGGCGAGAAGGUAGCCGUCAAGAAGAUCACGGACGCCUUCCACGAUCUGAUCGACGGCAAGCGUAUACUGAGAGAGGUGAGGCUCCUGAGGGGCUUCAAGCAUGAGAAUCUCAUCCAGAUUCUCGACAUGUAUCCGCCUGACCACCCCGACUUCGAUGACAUCUACAUUGUCACGGACUUGAUGGAGACGGACUUGCACAAGGUGAUCUAUUCAAAGCAGGUGCUGAACGACGAGCACCACCAAUACUUCUCUUACCAGGUUCUGCGGGGGCUGCUGUAUCUCCACUCCGCAAACGUUGUUCACCGCGAUCUCAAGCCUUCAAACAUACUCGUGAACAAGAAUUGCGAUUUGAAGAUCUGUGACUUCGGGCUGGCUCGUGGCUAUGGGGGUGACGAGGAUGACCCCAAUCUCACAGACUACGUCGUGACGAGGUGGUACCGCGCCCCGGAGGUAGUCCUGCUGGCCUCCGAGUACACGAAGUCCAUCGACGUCUGGUCUGUGGGAUGCAUCUUGUGCGAGCUCAUCGGGCGCAAGCCGAUCUUCCCUGGCAAGGACCACCUAAACCAGAUCAAGGUAAUUCUUCAAUAUCUUGGCACCCCGACAGCUGCAGACCUGGACUGGCUACCACCGAAGAGCCCGGCCCGCGCCUUCAUCAGCAAGAUACCAGUGUGUGCCAAGCAGCCAUGGCAAACAAUAUACCCGAAGGCCACAGCUAAUGCGAUUGACGCAAUUGAGAAGAUGUUGACCUUCCAUCCGAUCCACCGAGUAGAAGUGAAGCAGGCAAUUGUGCUGAAGUAUUUCGAGACGUUGCACAUGCCAGACGACGAACCAGUCGCGGAAAAGCCAGUGGACUGGGCGUUCGACAAGUUUACACCCACCAAGCGUUUGCUUCAGAAUUACAUUUACGCAGAAUGCCAUCACUUCCACCCGGACAUCGCGCAGAGGGACGCCCAGUUGUUACCCUCGCGAGGCAUCGACAAGAUCUUGAAGUGAGCCGUUUGGGGGUUCCCUGCGGGGCCGCCUGGGGGGCUUAGCUUUCAUUCCGGGCCACCUCAGUAGCUGGACAGGCGGUGAGCUAGACGCCGCGUCUUCAGAUUCCGAGAGAAAGGUUC